AUGAGUUUGUUCAUUCAUGGUUGCCGCGUGAGGCUACAGAAAUACCGCCAGAUAAUUGACAAGGAGAAGACCAAAUGCUGCGAGUUCAUGGGCAAAGAUAGCACAAAACUGCUUCGACAGAGAGUGCUUGAACGAGCCCGCGAGAAACAAACAAUUCAUGAAGCGGCACUUGAGAACAAAUGCCGCAAACUGCAGAAUGCAACGUCAUCUAGAAACGACAUACUGGUGCACAACCUGGAAUCGAAAGAACUGAGGAAGGGGCAAAUACAGGUUCUACAGCACGAAGCCUCAUUCAACACGACUGAUGCUAAACCUGCCAACACGAUUGCAGCUCUGGAAUCGGUUAUCAAUCAGACAGAAGCAACGUAG